AGGCUUCAGUCACAGGAGUUGGAUGCUGCUCGUGUUUGGGUAGUGAAACACUUUUAAUUCGGAUGUUUUUCAGCACCCGAGGUGCAUUUUUAAGACGUUUUUUUUUACUUAUCGAGACGUGUUGGUGCGCUCCGCCUGCUGUUAGCUUGGUCCGCCUCCAGAGGAAGAGUCGCUAACUUACGCCGAAGUUAAGGCUCGAAUAACGGACUAGCCUGUUAGCACGGAGCCGAGCCAGCAAGCAGGGCAGGAGCUAAUCAUUAACUGGCCAUGAUUGUACCAUAAACCCCGUCCAGCGGGAGGAAGACUUUCAUUUCCCCCCUGGCUGUGCUGGAGCGAGAGCUUGUUGGUCAUCUAUGUUAGCAUCGCGGCUAGCUCCGCUGUGGCAGCGUCGCGUCAACAGCUGGCUCCGCUCUCCUCUCCUCCGUGUUUUGACAUGAAACGGCUGCGGGACUGAACAGCUGCUAUGGUGGCCGCAUCACUGCCGGUCCUGCGCAGUUGAACAAGUUGCCGGUGAGAGUCCUGGUCCAGCAUGAAGGCCCACGGAUCCAGGGUGUCCUUCUACGCGGGGUUUGUGGUGGGGACCUUCACGCUGUACCUGAUCCUGCGCCAGGUGUGGUUUGAGAGGUCGAUGUCGGCGCAGCGGGCCAGCGGUUUACUCAGCAUCCAAGACUACCAGCAACAGCUGGAGGAGGAGAAGAAGAUAUGGAAGAAGGAGAGGUCUGCCCUGUUCAACCUCAGGCACCCUCAUCAUCUCGGCGAGGACAGCAAGAUGGCUGAUGAAUUGUACCAGAAGGUGCGCAUCCUCUGCUGGGUGAUGACCGGCCCCAACAACCUGGAGAAGAAGGCCCGGCACGUGAAGGCCACAUGGACCCGCCACUGCAACAUGGUGGUCUUCAUGAGCUCGGUGGACGACCCGGACUUCCCCACGGUGGGGUUGGGUACAAAGGAAGGGCGGGAUCAGCUGUACUGGAAAACCAUCCGGGCCUUCCAUUACGCCUACGAGCGUCACGCCGACGAGGCGGACUGGUUCCUCAAGGCGGACGACGACACCUACGUCAUCGUGGACAACCUCCGGUGGGUUCUGGCGAACCACACGCCCGACGAGCCCAUUUACUUCGGCCGGCGAUUCAAGCCGUACACCAAGCAGGGAUACAUGAGUGGAGGCGCGGGCUACGUGCUGAGCAGGGAGGCGCUGCGUCGAUUUGUGAAAGGUUUCGCGGACAAGGUGUGCACACACACCACCUCUGUGGAGGACUUGGCGAUGGGCCAGUGCAUGGAGAAGGUCGGGGUGCUGGCGGGAGACUCCAGAGACGCUUUACUCAGGGAGACGUUUCACCCCUUCGUCGCCGAGCAGCAUCUCACUGCCAAAUUUUCGAAGAGCUUCUGGUAUUGGAGCUACUGCUACUACCCCAUCGCCGAGGGUCCAAACAGCUGCUCGGAUUUGUCGGUGUCUUACCAUUAUGUGAACGCUCGAGAGAUGUAUGUCAUGGAGUACUACACCUAUCACCUGCGUGCCUUCGGCUACAGAUACCGCUUCCAGGCUCCCACCCCUGCAGGCUACAGCAUCGAGGGGUCGGUAUCCAAGGAUUCUGUACCAGAACAGGCGGUGGUCUCUCAGGAGAAGGAGCACGGAAAGGUGGAUGAUCCACUCAAAACCGAGAAAGAGGAUGCUGGUCAAGACCUCUCUGAUACUUCUUAGAACACAGUACCGUCGGACCUGUCGAGGCAUGUGACGUUCGAGCAAAGAGGAAGUGGGGUUUUGAGUGUUGGCUCAUCCAUUCGGAUAUUUUUGAUGAAUUUUUCUAGUAAAUACCAAUAAAUGGUCCAUUUUGAACUUAAAUAUCGAAAGUCAUAAGUGCAUUGCCUGAGAAUAGAGUUGAAAGGCUGAGCCUGAUGUUGAAUUUUAUAUCAGUAUUUUGGCAACUUAGUUUUCCACUGUAGAGCGUCUCUAGCAGAGGGAACCUUUUUGUCCACUAUAUUAAUUUGAAAGUUAACUACAGCCGAUAGUUGAAUUUUUACCAGAAUUGUCCAUCUUUGACUUUUCUUUUUUUUUUUCUUAACCACUGUUGCUACGAAAGCUUGGCUGCGGCUCUGUCAGAAAAUGUCUGCCUGUCAUUCUGAAUAAUUUGUCUCCAGAUCUCACGGAGACUUGCAGUCAAAUUAAAAAAAAAACUAAUUCUUUCAAUUGAUACUGUUGUUCCUUUUAGACAUUGUGGCUAAAACCAGUUAUUCUUGCCGUUCAGCGGCCUUCCCACUGCACGUGAUUCAUGACAGGUUUUUUUUUUUUGUUUUUUUUUUCCUGGUUGUACACCAGUCUGUGCUGACAGUCGCAUUUCAUUCAGGCAUCAGCCUCAGUGAUGAAGUCUUUAAUUUCCCUUUGUGUUGAUACUAAAUGUUUGGUAGUUUGUUUUUUUUUAAUAUUUAAAUAAUUAGGCAUGCAACAAACAAUUAUCUUGAUUGCUUCAGUUUCCACAUUUGUUUUCUUGUGAGGUGUAAACAUGAUCUGAAAGAUGUCUGUCAUGUGCCUCUAAUGCCAGCAAUUUGAAGCAUAUCCAGAAUUAAGUAUCUAAUAUUAUUUCAUUAUUAGACAAAGAAAAUACAUCCCACGUCCAGCUUUAAAGUUGAUACAAUGAAGGCUUCGCUCAGUUUAUUGGAAACAUACCAGUGGCAGCGUGACACUGCGGGGAAGUCGAAAUGUUGAAUUGGCAUGUCUUUUAUUCGGAUAUGAUUGGAUCCUCUUGCACCGGCGCACAUAGAUGAGUGUUCAGAGGAAGAGGAACAAACAAGAACUUUAUCUGUAAAUUAUUCGACUUGACUGCAUCGCUCACUUAGUAUGCGGACGGCGGCGUCAGUGUCUGAAACCAGCACAAAUCUGAGCAUUAGGGAAAAUUCACAGCAAGGCUGCGUCACUUUUCUAAUAAAAGCAUCCAAAACAUAAGAAUAGAUGUUCCGGUUGUACAAAUGGAUGCAUUUAAACGCAGUCAGGUGGCCACAAUGUUUGAAACGGAAGGACAGAGCGACAAAAUACCAACAGUUACACAGCCAAAGAUUAUCACACACAGGAUUAAGGCAGUCACUGCGUGUCCUUGUAGUUCUGGCGACGCCGCGGUGGAUCCUGAUCGCGCCCGUCGGUCUGACUGCAUCGUCAGUCAACAGCACGCCCUCAGUGUGUUUUCACAGCGCUCGGAAACACGUUCAGCUGGAUGAGGAAGUGACAGUUGCAUUUCUUUCGUGCUCGGUAAUGAAAGUUACGCUUACGUGGCGUGUCGCCGCUCCUCCGCUCGUCCAGCCACACACUCCCACCUCACCCCCUCCCCAAGUGGGCUCAUUAAAGCCUGUGCCUUGUAAUUUGAGAUUGUACGAGCCGUCAGCUGCACACACGACUUUGCACUGUGACGCCACGGCGAGAGUGAUGCUUUCUGAUGGAGUAUCAUUUUAUUGGCCUUCCGGGAAACCACUCUGGUUUGUGGGUGACAGUUUUAAUUGAGCAAGGUUUUUGUUUCCUUUCAAACGGAAAGAGUUUCAACAAAGAUGUCUAACUUCAGAGUUUUAGUUGAAUUUUGUAGUCGACGCAUAUAUUUUAAAAGUAUUGAUAGCUCCUCCUUUACUGUCAUAUUCCCAGUGAAUUAAAAGAUUAUGUUGAUGUGACACAGUAUUGACCAAAUACUGGAUGACUGUGCACACCUUUAUACAUUUACGACAACAUUUGACAUUUUCGUGAAAAUUGAAAGCACUUUCGGAUGAUGAGACUGUUGCCGUUUUGUUUGAACCACUUAAAUUUUCAUUUUUAACGAAUGCCUAUCAGUACAUUUCUGUCAGUGUUUACACCCAGCUCCAUUCUGUGCAUGAACACAGAGCAUGUUCAGUUCUGAUUAGUUUGGGAUUUUAACCUAAUCGGCAUGUUUUUACACAGCAGUUUGUUUGGAUAUUGUUGCACGCUGGUGCACUUCAAACCGGCUCAGACUUGCUUCGUGACAGGAGUGACACGACGCGUCCGGUCCUUGACAAUCUUUAAAGGGAAAGAUGUACAGUGCUGUAUUUAUAUUCAAAAUGUAUUUAUGUUGGUAUUGACUUCUGAGUUGAGUCGGUAAAUUUUAGUGUGUAAAUGAGUCUGUGUCAGUGUGUGAGCACACGUAAUCAGUGUGCAGGGUCAUUUUUAGUGAAUGGUACUUUAAUCACUAUAAAUAAAUGCAUAUUUUUAUUGUA